GCUAAAAUGACAAUUCCAGCCCACUAAAAAGCGUAAACUUUAUCACGCAACUUCUGGUUUAGGGUUUUUGGACUUUUGAGAGUGUCUUACAUAAUAUUCCGUUCUAUUUCCGACUCUCUCAGCUCAGACACCUUCUCUCACUUCUUCAGUAACUAAAAGUAAUGGAGCUCGGUUCUCUACAGGAUCCAAGCAAAGCAACGUUCUCGUUCGUUGACGAAGAUCACACCCUUGCGAAUGCUGUCAGAUUCUCCUUGAAUCAAGAUCCAAGGGUAUCAUUCUGUGGCUACAGCAUUCCUCAUCCCUCAGAUGCUCGAGUUAAUAUUAGAGUCCAAACAACAGGUGAUCCAGCAAGGGAGGUAUUAAAAGAUGGAUGUCAGAAUUUGAUGUUGAUGUGCCAGCAUGUUAGGAGCAUUUUUGACAAGGCUGUUGAUGAUUGUAGGAAAAACAAUCACAUGGAAAUGGAAACAAGUAUUGAUGAUUGAAAUUUGAUAUAUCUUACCUUUGUAAUACAAGUUCAUUUGUAGGAGUAAUUCAACAUGGUUGCUAUUUUAUUCAACUCCUUUCAACCACAGUGAUUUACCA